GCUACUACGUAUAAAACGAGAGAAUCCUGAUUCUAAGCGUCUCACUUAGAUGUUGUUCUGAACAUCUUUCGAGUCCUCAGCCCACCUACCAACGAUAAUGAAGUGGACUAGAAUCUUUGGCAUUGUUGGCUUAGUCCAGGUUGCCGCAGCAUGUCUGCUUCCGGAGGAACGACAAGGAGGCGUCGCCCGAGCCCGAAAGGUCGAUCGUCGCCAGAGCUACGGCAAGGCGAUUGGCACGGGUGAUAGAUUCAGUGCCGGUAGUCUUUUCCCACGAGGGAUCGGAAGUGGCAACGCGACGAGCAUGACCACCAUCCUCAACGUGAAAGAAGUCAUCUCAGGGCUGAACGGUCUUGCCAAGGAGUAUGGCAUCGAGACUUUCACUACUCCUUACAAGACAUACGGUGGUGCCACACUCUCGGGCGGAAAGGUCGGCGGCCAAGGAACUUGUAACACCACGUAUCGUGUGUUUCUGAAUGGCGCUAUCCAUGCUCGUGAGCGCGGAUCUUCAGACAACGUACUCUACUUUAUAUCCGACCUCUUAUACGCGAAAAAGUACGGCAAAGGUCUGACAUACGGAAGCAAGUCGUAUACCAACGCCAACGUUCUCACAGCGCUAGGCACAGGCAUCGUCUUCUUGCCGUUGAGCAACCCAGAUGGAGUAGCCUACGACCAAUCUUCCAACAGCUGCUGGCGCAAGAACCGCAAUCCCGCCUCUUCAACCGGCAGUGCAGAUUCAAUUGGAGUAGAUCUCAACCGGAAUUUCGAUUUCGCAUGGGCUCCGUCACACUGGGCUACAAGCGAAAGAGAAGAGGUAGCAUCCAGCAGCCCGUCAUCGGAGGUCUACCGCGGCACGUCGGCAUUCUCCGAGCCGGAAACGAAAAGUAUCAAGUGGGUGAUGGACACGUUCAGCAAGGUGCGGUGGUUUAUUGACCUGCAUUCGUACACUGGCGAUGUUUUGUACAGUUGGGGAAGUGAUACGGACCAGAGUACCGACCCAACCAAAAAUUUCAGGAAUACAACCUACGAUAGUAUCCGUGGGAUCACUAGCGACUCUCCAACCACCAAAUACGGCGAGUACAUCUCGGCUACCGAGCUGAGCACUGCAAAGAGCGUCGGCACCUCCGUUGGAAAGGCCAUGAGCGCCGCUGCGAGCCGCUCCUACACGGUGAAGCAGUCCGCAUACCUGUAUCCUACGUCUGGGGCCAGCGAUGACUAUGCGUUUUCACGACACUACGCCGACUCGAGUCUCAACUUGAUCUAUGCUUACACUGUUGAGUUUGGCUUUGGGAGCACUGUGAGCUCGUGCCCGUUCUAUCCUACAGACUCUGACUACACCAAGAAUCUGCAAGAGACGAAUGCUGGGUUUAUGGAAUUCCUGCUCGCAGCAGCAGCAGCUGGUCUCGGUGAUCCUCAGACAUGUUAAAGCAACGGACUUGAAUUGAACGUUCCGGUUUAGAUUCUACUUCACUCAGUGCUAUGGCUAGCUUUUGGAUCCCAGAAACUGCUGCAUUACGGUAUAUAUCCAACAUUGUUCUAAGUAACAAAGCGUAUGAGACCGAGGGCGG